AUGUCUGAAAAUAGAAAAAAACUCACCGAUAAGGAGCUAGAGUAUUAUGCAAACCACUUAUCAGAAAUAAGUGAUGGAUCAGUGGAUUUCGAUUCCGAUGAUAGCAUUGCCGAUCCAGACUUUUGCAGCGGCAGUGAAAUUUCGAGUGAGCAGUCUGAGAGUGAUCAGGAGAUUGAUUCAGAUAGUGAUGAUAUUGGGUUUGCUGAGUUCAUUCAUCAGAAUGAAGAAGAUUUGAGCUUAUUUUGGUUGGAUUGUGUUUUGCAGUUUAAAAAAUUUCAGUUCACAGGAACCCAAGGAACAUUAAUUCCAAUUGAAGGCAAAGAUGUACGAGAUAUAUAUAAGUCAUUUCUGACAGAUGAAAUAAUACAACUAAUGGUCCAGCAAACCAACGACUUCAUAAGGAAUCAUCAUGCUAAUGGGAGUUAUCAAUUUUCCAACCAUUGAGAGCUACUGGAAAAAAGGUCCAAUUUAUUAUCACGAAAUAUUUCACAAAAUACCAAUCAGCUACAAUCGAUUUACACUACUCCUCAAAUGCUGGCAUUUUCAGGACAAUACACUUCCGUCCACCAGUAGGCUGGAUAAAAUAAAUCCAAUAUUGAGCAUCAUUCAAAACAACAUAAAAACUGUUUAUUGUCCUGGUGAUACUGUGGUGGUAGACGAAACAAUGGUGCCUUUUCGCGGACGUCUAAAAUUCAGACAAUAUAAUCCUUCCAAAGCUCGCUGCUCUUAUGGAAUCAAGUUGUACA